AUGAAGGGCCAGUUUAUCUUUGCUUUUGCAGCUCUUUUGGUGAUAGCAUCGUUAAUUACAGAAGGCGAUUGUUUUGCUCCCAUCGGUCGAGCGCCGAUCGGGAGAAAGGUAAUAUACUGAAACGAAAACAUUCUCGUUCAACUAGGACAAUUCUUUCCAACCGAUUUACUAAAAAAACCAACGCACGGAAAAAGCAUAUAGGAUAAGCCAUUUCCGAUUUCCAAAAACUCUCACUUUCAAAACGAGGCUAAGUGUAAAACCUUUCCUGGGACAUAAUUGCGCCUAGUGGAAAUGUUUUCCCGUUGAAUUUUUACUCUUUUCUCGGACGUUUCCUCUUAACUCUGACAAAAUAUUAAUUCACGCAAUAAAAACAGUGGGUCAUCGGACUUGUUUUCUUGUAAAAUACUUCAAGAUUUCAAAAAGUGCCACCCGCGUUUUUGUGCUUGUAAAAUCUGAACUCUAUAAGAUCACGGUUUACUCAUGUGCUGUCUUGACUGCCACUGAAUGUCAGUAUACUCUUGCUUACAGAGCUUGCAGGGGAGGAAAGGAGAAGAACACACAAGGAGUAAGGACGUCAGUAUCGGAGACUACAGGCUAGCCGGCCGGCCCUGUUUUCAUCAGCACUAGUUUAUUAACCAGAAACAAGGUAAUAUUCUUAUGAACGAAACACCUUUCUUAAAAGUAGUCAUAAACUGAGAUGGGGGAACUUAAAAAGACCAAUGACCAUUCGUUGAAGGAUGGACCUGCUGGCAUGGAUAUAUCUUAAAUAUGCAAAGUUUCAAUGUGUUCUCUGAUACAUUACUAUUCGGGCGAGAGAGGAAGUUCACGGAGAAGAGAUUGAGUAGCAUUUCUUGGUUUUUUUGCAGAGGGACACAACAAGCUCGAGAAUUGAUUAAAAAUCGUGAGUUAUACAUCUUUCUAUCACGCGAUCGCCUGUGUCACUGUACCAAAACUUAUCAUAUCUCGGUGAGCAUUCGGAAGUCAGCCGAGCGCGGUCAUUGCAUACGUGCUGAAGAAGAAUACUGUAUCAUGACAGACUAGACACAAUAGAAAACUCCCAAAGCACAAACUCUGCCAAAACGCUAAAAAUCUUCCAUGUUUACUCAAGUUUGGACUUAUAGGAGGUAAUAUCACAGUUUUUCAAUGACCAUGAAAUUCAGAAUCCGGGUAGUUAGUAAAUCAAUUGUGGCCCUGAAAAAAUUUGAAGGAAAAAAACUACGAGUUUUUAAGAAAAUGCUUUUUUCGUGAGAAGGACUCCUAAACGCCGACAAACGUCAACAAAUAGCUAAAACUAUAAUUUCUAUAUGUUUGCAUUUCUCGAAAUCGCGCACAUUUACAAGACCGUAAAGCUUUUUGCUGACUUCCAAGGACCCAUCUGUUAUAAAGAUCCCCAAAAUAAAGGGAUAAAUCUCAUAGUUUAUUAGAUAUAAUCGUGUAAAGUUUCCUUAUCAUUUUCACCCAAAUUAUGACCUAAAUUUGGAAACCGCUGAAUUUCUCGCAUUGGGUCUUUGCAAUUUUGGCGAAACUCUGGUCAACGCAAGGCACUAAUGCGAACUAUAUGCAGCCGAGAGAUUUUCAAGAAAAAAUGCCGGCAACAGCAGAAUUUCGUCUCAGACCCCAAAGAGGCGUGGCACUAUAACCACGUGACAUUUACUCCGAUCGCCAAAAAUUUUUGCUAUAUUGUAGCUUGAUCAAAAUUUUAUCCAUGCUAUAUGUUAGACUUAUGAUCAAAUUAAGGUGGGGAUACCAGAGAACUUCAAAGUAGGAUGGUACCCUUAGCCCCGCUUUGAAACCGCCUUGAGCAACGUAACUCGGAAAUAUAGCCUAUUCCCGUGACACAGACAAAAAGCAAGGGGCACACAUACACCAACCCUCGGCCUGGCCAUUACCUCAAAGAUGCACGACGCCAUAUAACCCCGGGCAGUGGCAGCCAUGGAUAGCUGUUUCCAUGCCUCUUAUAGACACAGGUAUCGAUUUGAUAUUUUACCUAAUUUCGUCAAUUUUUUUCUUUUUUACCUCUAACAACUCAAUCAGAGGACAAUGCAGAUUUGCCGUGCAGCAAGAAGCCUUGGCUGCAGAAAUAUAGAACAAGAAGUGGCUGAUGACCCCAUGAAAGAAGGGAGGGCUCGACGUGAAGUAAAAGAACGCUGAUGACAGCCAUCCAAUGAUCGGACUAACCGCGGAUUAAAACAUAAAAUAUAAAUGUCAACUGUAACAUUCGAACAAGAAACUGUAAAUCGUAGAAAGUGCGAUAAUUAAUGAAUAAAAGCGAUUAGUUCUUAGUUGGCAGAUUUUAAAAAGCCCUACCAGUAACAAUUGCGGUUGUAAGCUCUGCCCAUUCUACUACCGCGUUCCUCGCUUCACAGGGCAAUCGACAGGCAAACGAAACAACAAAGUCCGCUAAUAAAAAAUCCCUCCUCCCCACUUACCUGCCCUUAACCACCACCCAAAAAAAAGUCAAGUANAGAAGCCUUGGCUGCAGAAAUAUAGAACAAGAAGUGGCUGAUGACCCCAUGAAAGAAGGGAGGGCUCGACGUGAAGUAAAAGAACGCUGA